UUAACCAAAUAUAAAGGACACCAAUCCUUUUGCCACAGCCGUUGAUUUAUUAUCAACAACACAAGUUUUUGAAAGUUGAAAGUCAUCUCCCUCCAAAGUUAAAUCUGAAAAAUUCUCGAGAAAGAGCCCUUUUUACCUUCACAAAAAUGGCGUUCUCACUCCAGCUCCAACAAAUCUUACUUUCGCCCACCACGAAAUUUUGCUCCCAACCAAAAUCAAUAACUAGCCCUUUAAUCUCCCUCAAAUUACCGUCGAUUCAUCCACUUGCCUUUGCUCAAAACGCUUCUGUUAGCAACAUUGACAGUACUGAUGUCGCCGCCAUUGACGCUUCAGCUGAGGAAAUCCUUUUGCCUCCACAACUCAGGCGAGAACUUAUGCCGAACCAUGUUGCGGUGAUAAUGGACGGGAAUAGAAGGUGGGCUAAAAUGAGAGGGUUUCCGGUUGCUUUAGGUUACGAAGCCGGUAUUCGAGCUGUUAGGAAUCUUAUUGAGCUGUGUGGAAAUUGGGGAAUUAGGGUUCUUACUUUGUUUGCCUUUUCCUCUGAUAAUUGGUUACGUCCUAAAGUGGAAGUUGAUUGUUUGAUGGGCUUAUUCGAAAGAGCACUGAAAGAGGAACUUGAAAAUUUUGCAAGAGCAGGGAUUCGAAUUUCUAUAAUUGGAGAUUCCAGUAAGCUCCCCAAGUCAUUGCAGGACUUAAUAAAUAAAGCUGUAAAGACUACUAAGGAAAAUUCACGACUUCAUGUUGUCGUUGCAGUUAACUAUAGUGGACAGCAUGAUGUUGUACAAGCUUGUCAAACCAUUGCUCAAAAAGUGAAGGAUGGCAUUAUCGAACCUAAAGACAUUAAUAGUUUCCUAAUAGAGCAGGAAUUACAAACAAACUGUAUUGAUUUCCCAUAUCCUGAUUUGCUUAUAAGGACUAGUGGGGAGCUAAGGCUUAGCAAUUUCUUACUCUGGCAGUUAGCUUAUGCUGAACUGUUCUUUUCACAUUCACAUUGGCCUGAUUUUGGAGAAGCUGAAUUUUUGGAGGCUUUGUGUUCCUUUCAACAAAGGCAGAGGCGUUAUGGUAGACAGAGCUCUUAGCUCUAUGCCAUGAACUUUAGGAUUAAUUUUGUGAAGAUGAGAAAACGAAGAUGAGUUCUUAUGAGAAACAAGUUUGAGGUAAUUUAGAGCUAUGUUGCUCUGAUCCUAUUUGGGUAUCCAACACGGGUGCAUCAGCAUUGGGUUCCACAUGAGGCAAGAUCAAUGACUUGCUGCUAAGGUGGUAAAUACGGUAUCUGAGACACCUGACCGCGAAGCAUCUGGGAUGGUCAGAAACAACUGAUAUAGACUGGAAAUGAGGGAAGAUAAGUGACUUGUCAUGGACAUUUGAUUAAUCAAGUCGAGGUUACGGUCUUCACGUUGUCGGAGUAUCAUCUUUUUGUUUAGUUUAUGUCUAAUUUCCUUUUACAUUUCCUCAACUUGCUGAAAGUUGUAAUUACCUGACACCACUAUGAUGCAUUUGAUGUCAUAGUUUGGGCAAGUGAUAAAAGUAAUGGUGCAUAUAGUUUAAUGAUU